UCAGUGCUCUAGGUCAAGCCCAAGCUCGACAAGAUGAUGCACAUGACCUUCUACUGGAGCAAAAAUGCCACGAUUCUCUUCGAUGGCUGGAUCACAAAGACAUGGCUGGGCUACAUUCUCUCCCUCGCGGCGCUCUUCCUGGCGGCCCUCUUCAACGAGUAUGUCGUCUCCCGCAGGAUCUUGCUCAUCCAGGCGUCGAAAUCGCCAGGUGGGUUGCGCAAGCCCCUGAUGGGCGAUUGCACGGAGCCUCCCCCGAGCUCCAUCGAUGGCCGGGCGGUGGAAUCCAUCCUGUUUGUGGUGAAUUCGGCCCUUGGGUUGCUGCUCAUGCUCGCCGCCAUGUCCUUCAAUGGGGGCGUGUUUGUGAGCAUCGUGGUGGGAUUGGGCGUGGGCUACUUUGUGUUCCGUUCUGGGGAUCGAAUUGGCAGUGGCGCCGCUGGUCGAGAGGCCAAGAUCCGGGAGGAGGCAUGCGAUACUUCGUGUUGUACUUGAAUGCUAUUCGUACGCGAAUAUCCUUUGUACUAAAUAACAAUAUUACUUUUAGAUUUAGGGUUAGAGGGAAGUUCAAAUUAUGUUCGUUGGUCUCUUGUUUUCAACAUGAGAGUACAUUUUUCCA